AAAAAAUUAUAAUCGAGUAAUCGUCAAAAAAGUAUAUAACUAUAUAAGUAAAAUAACUUGAAUUGGGUUCGAUCGUUUGGUUUGGUCUAACCGUGGAUACCAUCAGUGCAAUUUUUGAAACAACAGAAAUCAACCAGAAGGAAGAAAGACCUUGGAAACUAGUGUAGCGAUGGCGGAGGAAGAUGAUGAUUACAUGGGCGACCUCUCUCAGUUUCUACCUUCCGAAUCCCAACCCUCUCCAAAUCCUCCCGCCCAAAAGGUUCCUAACAUCAAUGGUGGUAGUAAAGCAACUUCCUUACAAUCUUCGAAGAAGAGACCCAAAACUCGAAAUUGGCAAGAACAAAGAAAGCUCAAGCGAGAAAUCAAGCAAGUGGAAGAGGAUGAACGAACCCUAGCUAGCCUAGAAUCAGCCAUCCCCCAAUCCAACAUCGGUUUCAAGAUGUUGAAGCAGAUGGGCUACACUCCUGGGUCUGGUUUGGGUGGUUCGGGUCGGGCGGAGCCUGUGGGGCUGGAGAUUCGGAGGUCGAGAGCUGGAAUUGGGCGUGAGGAUCCGAUAAAGGAGAAACUGAGGAAAGAUGAAGAGAUGCUUUGGGAGAAGCGGAAGAAAGAGGAGGAAUUGAUGGCGGAUUUUGGGUGUAGGGUUAAGGAGAGGUGGCGGAAUAAGAGGGUGGUGGUGAAUUUUCACAAGGCUAAAGGGGUGUUGGAUCAAUUGGAGAACAAAGAGGUUGUGGAGGUAGAGAAGAAAGAUGAUGAUGAUGAAAAAGACGAUGAAGAUGAUGAAGAGGAGGAAGUGAUCACAGAAGAGGAUCUGCACGAAAUAUUAAUGAAGCUGAGGGAUGAUUUUAGUUACUGUCUGUUUUGCGGAUGUCAGUAUGAAUCAAUGGAAGCACUCUUGGCUAACUGUCCUGGCAUAAAUGAAGAUGAUCACUAGCACUUGUAGAGAUAGUGGAAAUUUUUUGCAUUUAGGUAUAAUGAACAAGAGAUUCAUGAUUGUAAUUAACAUUCUGAUAAGUUCAUUGAAGAAGGUACUUUUUUAUAUAUGAUCAUAUACAAGGAUAGUUGCAUUUUAUGUAUUAUGUGGGAUGAAUGGUGUUAAGGAAGAGGCCAAUUUGCCUGAAAAGCCC